GUGUCCAUCGCGUCAUUCAGUAUUGGUGGGUGAUAGGUAAACAAUCGCGGAAACACAAUUUCACUCCGAAACAGUGAAAAAUCAGCUCCUUCUCUUCACACCAUCACCACGCAACGAGGCGCGAAGUGGUCCAAAACUCCCCCCGAACCCAUUGACAGCGCAAGUAAAGCGGAAAGAAACGACAAACCAUGGAAGGAGAGGCGCGUUUUGUGAUGGAUCGGCCGAACGAUCUCGAGGAGCAGCUAGCGCCCGGCUACCAGAAGGCUUUUACCUUCAACCUGCCGACGGUAACGCGACCGAUGCUGUGGGACUACAUGCUCCGCCUGAUGAAGGCCGUGUCCGGCAACGAUAGUCUCCUGAAGGCACUACAAUCGUGCGCGGAAAACAAUCCCGAGUACGGGGACGACUCCGUGGGCUGUGUGCAGCUGCGGCGCGAAGACACCUACUGCACGGUGAAGGGCCAGAUCCACACGAUCGGCCCGUGCGACGAUGGGGAAAAUAUGGAAAUCAAAAUCUACCAGCUGACGGUCACGAUCGACGAGGAGAACCACAAGGUGGAGUCGGUCGCGUGCAGCGACUGUGCCGAGCUCGGGUUUUGCCAGCACACGGUCAGCUUGCUGCUGUGGCUGCACACGCAGGACCAGCCCGGCACGCACCAGGACGUGGAGUGCUUCUUCCGCACGCCGCUCGCCACCGAGCUGGAGCAGAUCCCGGCGAAGCCGCCGGUCAACAAAACCAAAACGAAAAACUUCAUCCGCGAGAUCGUGCACGGCCUGCAGACGGAGGACAUCGACUGUCCGCUGCGGUGGAACUUCUCGUCGGCGAACAAAAAGUUCUCCAACCUGUCGAUUCACGAGCUGAUCAUCUGCGCGGUGAAAAACCGCUACUCGGUGGCGCAGUUUUUCGAGCACGCGCAAGCGGUCGUCGCGUCCGCGUCCGGCGUGCUGGCGGACAAGAUCAAGUUUCAGCCCCGCUCGAACUCCUGGUUCCAGGAGCUCCGGUACGGGCGCAUUACCGGCGCGAAGGUGUUCGAGUGUACGCAGCCGAACGCGUCCCCGACGCUGCUGCACGAGAAGAUACUGGGCUGCAACAAGGAGAUCGAUACGCAGCUGCAGCGCAAAAAGUUGGCCAUCCGCCAGCGGCUGGAAAAGUACACCAAGCGCACGUACGAGAGCCCGCGCAUCACGAUGAACGCGUCGUUCCCGAUCAUCUUCAACGUGCCGGACGGGAUCUGCCCCCAGCACGUGGUGGAAAUCAAGUGCCCCCGGUCGCACGAAACGAUGAAGAAGUACGUCACGGCGGACGGGAGCCUGCAGGAGAAGUACUAUCUGGAGAUGCAGGUGCACAUGCUAAUGUAUGGCGCGACGUCCGGCGUGGUGUGCGUGGCCGAUCCGAACUUCGAGACGAACAACGAGCUGUUCAUGCACUCGUUCAACCUGAACAAACCGUUCGUGAUGAAGAAGCUGCAGAAGGCGCUCGAGUACUGGGAGAACAACGUCUACCCGGAGCUGAUGGCGAACUGGUCGGAGUAAGUGUGCGUGUGGAUGGGGUGUGAGUGGCACGGUCCCAAAACUCUUUUCGGACAGGAACUAGAUGCCUCGGGACAGACAGUAGGGGACAGCAGGAACAGAAACCGGGCCAGAGAGAAUUCAGCAAAAAAAAAA